UCAGACACUGUCAUGACAUAGAAAAUUCUACAUUCCUGUGCUGACAACUUAGUGGGGAGCUGAAGUCUUCCAGCAAUGUAACCACUACUUCGAUUCUUUGGAUCCGUGAGACACAAUCCACUCAAUAAAUUUCUCAAGCUAUGAUCUAAGACUUGAGGCCCGAACAUGACAACGAAUGUGAAAUUCCUGUCGACAGUCUGACAGUAUGACCAUUCAGCUAAACCCGGCAGUGACGUUUUCCUGCCAGCCGGACCUGGUGUUGGUGACGAAAUAGCAACCACUUCCCUCUGAUGAUCAACAUCCUCUAGCUAGUUUAGGCGUGCCCCCGAUGGUGUCAUCACAGGAAGUGACGUCGACGUUGUCCUACGCCAGCACCUCCUCGCUGCAGACGUUCCGCUACAAACUGCAGGAGGUGCUGCCUGUGCAUCUCGUGGAGCGCGUGCUGUGCCCGCUGUCGGUGACGUUCAUUGGCGUUAGUAACGUCACUUUGUUAGCGCAUGAAGCGUGCGUCGUGUGGCGCACCCGUCGCGUCACCCCGCCCAAGCUGCUGGUCCUGGCGCUGGCUUCCGCCGACACGCUGGCCACGCUGAUCGGAUUCCUGCCUCUCUGGAUCCUGUCCGACACGCAAUUUUCCGACUACAACGCCUCUGCCGUGGUGGACACUUCGCCGCCAGCAUCCAGCGAGCUACAGCAGCAGGCCACGAACACGAACUCUGACCUGCUCUUCGGAGAAAGCGUCACCAUCUCAGCUGGCGAGGGGAAUGACGCUAAUGUCCUGACCAGCGCGGGCUACUCUCUCUGCCUCUUCCUCCUGGUCACCUUCUGGACGAUGGCGCAGUGCAUUGUGGUUGUGAUGGGGGUCGAGAGGGUGCUGGCCCUGCGCGCACCUUUCUUCUACACCGCGCACUGCUCGUGCAUGGCCUUCCUGCUGGUGCUGGCCGCCCUGACUUUGGUCUCCGGCCUGAUGGCGGGAAUGCACCUGUUCGUGCAUCUGCGGGAGGCAGCGCUUCCCCAGCACUCGCUGCUCUUCGCGGGUUUCCUGGAGGCCGACUCGCUGGCCCUCAAUGGCGUCCUGAUCGCUCAGGGCGUGCUGUGGACGCUGGUGCUGCUGCUGUGCAACUGGGCCGUCAUGCACGAGCUGCGGCGCAUGGAACGGCGCGUGACGGUGAUGCGAGUCAAGGACCAAAGCGAGUACCUCAAGCAGCUCAGCCUCGUGCAUGGCUCCGGCCGCGAGUUCUCGCGCCUGAUGAUGACCAUCAACGCGCUUUUCCUGUCUUCCUCCUUCCCGCACCUGGUGUGCCUUGGGAUUCGCCUGUGCCACUGGCGACCUACCUUCUCCGUGCAAUAUUUCUGUUGGCGAAUGUCACACCUGCCAUCUCUCAUCAACCCUUUCCUGUACGGCUUUCUGCGCAAGUCCCUGCGCAGUCGCAUUCGUCGUGGUUUGGAGCGCUACUUCCUGUGUCUACGUUCAAACCGGGUGGGCGAUGCCGGCGCUCACACCCGAACUGUUCACUACAACGUCGCGGAGCUGCCGUCCGCCAUCAGGCCGCGUGACCCGGAAGCCAGCACGAUACACAUUUCAGGGUGAAAAUGUGAUUCAAAGAAAAUUUUAACUUCACUGUUUCAAAGUGAUUUUGAAAGCAUCUUGGUGAUAUUUUCAGUUCUGUUUCGGAUUUUUUAAGAAUCUCAUUUUCUAGAGCAGCAUUACAACCGGAAAUAAACCCUGCAGGCUGGU